AAUACAGAGACACACAAACAAAACUUCAUCUCUCUCUCUCUCCUCGCGGCUUUGCUUUCUCUCUCCUCGCCGAUCCCAAAUCCGGUUUCGCAUCCGAUGCGACCGUGAGGUGAGAGAUCGGUCUCCGAGGUUUCAUUUCUGAGGAUUUUCGUGCCCACCUGGGGAGCAGAUUUUCAAGUGAUUUUUGGUGCAGCAGGAGAUUUGAAAACAUGGACCACGAUGAGACAGGAUGCCAAGCUGCCCCUGAAGGUCCUAUUUUGUGCAUUAACAACUGUGGCUUCUUUGGAAGCGCAGCUACCAUGAACAUGUGUUCCAAGUGCCACAAGGAUAUGAUGUUAAAACAGGACCAAGCUAAGCUUGCUGCAAGUAUCGUGAAUGGAUCAUCAAGCAGUAAUGAACAUGAAUCUGUUGCUGCUGCUGUGGAGGUGCAAGUCACCUCAGUGGAGCCGAAGUCCGUCUCUGUGGAGCCAUCCUUUAGUUUUGGUUUUGGCUCAGGGGAGAGUAGCGAGGCAAAGCCGAAGGAGGGUCCAAAUCGCUGCACCAGCUGUAACAAGCGGGUUGGUUUAACAGGAUUUAAUUGUCGGUGUGGUAACCUUUUCUGUGCGGUACAUCGCUAUUCGGACAAACAUGGCUGCCCCUUUGAUUAUCGCACUGCUGCUCGUGAUGCUAUAGCUAAAGCCAACCCGGUUGUCAAGGCAGAGAAACUUGAUAAAAUCUAAAUCUGAUGGGGGUGGAGUUGCCAUGUGUUUGAAAAGUGAUUCUCAUCUUCAUCCGUGAGAUGACUUCAAGUUUGCUGCAUGUCUUAUUGGUGUCCUUUUAUAUUGUUAUAUUUGCUGGUGGAGGCAUGGCAUUAGGACAUCUCUGCACUUUGAAGAACUCUAUAUUUCUAGUGAUUGGCGAGAAUUUAUAUGUUGGCUCCAGUGUCUAAAGUUUAAUCUAUGCUGGUUUGGUGGACAUUGUCAUGGUUAGCUUUGUAAUUUGUCUAUUCUGUUUCCUUAUGGCAUCUCUCUCUAGUUUGUGCAAUUCUCAGACGGUUUGGACAACAUCCGUCAACGUUCCUGUGGCAGCAUUGUAAAUUAUCCAUUGCAUUCUUAGUUAUGAAUUUCACUGGGGAACCUAUAUUGUGAUGA